AUGUUUCCGUUUCUUCAGUGGAGCAUGUCUUACAAUACGCAAUGGUUAGUUAGGGAUCUCGUCGCAGGUAUCACUGUCGGCGCGGUGGUCAUCCCCCAGAGUAUGGCAUAUGCCGAACUAGCAAAACCGCCCCUAGAGUAUGCCCGCGGCCGUGAUGUCUACACUAGUCGGCUCGAUCCUCAUCAGAGUCCAAGCAGUUCACCCAGAGAAGCAUGGGAGGAACCAGGAGACAGACCAUGGAAUGAUCCAGGACCGACACGCGCCGAGCGAAGGCUGCUCAGGGCACAGGAACCCCCAACGACGCCCCUUGCAACUCUCCGAGCAGUUAUCCUCGACUUCUCCGCCGUGAACAACGUGGACGUAACAUCCUGUCAACCCCUUAUUGAUGUCCGUGACCAACUCGACCGCUGGGCCUCUCCAAACCGAGUGCAAUGGCAUUCCGCCCAUGUCAACAACAAGUGGACAAGGCGCGCUCUCGCGGCGGCGGAGAUCGUGGGCGAUGGCACUCUCCCCAUAUCAUCAGCCCAAUCCCAAAUCUUCGGUUCAAAGGUAGAGUGGACUAAGGACCCGGAGACCGGGAUCAAGGUACAUGAGAACAGAGCCAAUAUAUCGAUCAUAGGUGCUACAGAUGAUGAUAUCCAUGUUAUCGAAACAGGAACUGAAACCGUGCAGUCUCCUCGCCGAUGUGGAAAAUCAAGUUCUAGCCCCGGUAUAACCGUCGUCGAUAGCAUAACUCGGCCGCACUUCCAUGUUGAUUUGACCAGUGCUCUGCAGAGUGCCAUGUCGAAUUCAUAG